AUGACGAGCCACAUGCACGCGACAAGCUCGCCUGACGUGGCCGGUAUCAUUAUACAGUCACUCCAACAGGAUUUAGCGCAUUCCAAACAACAAUUUGAGUCUUGCUGCAAACAGAUUCGAGAUGACAUGCAACAAACACAAUCUCUUAUCUUGCAGCUUCUGCAGCAGCUUCAACCCGCCAUUUCCCAAACGAAUAUAGAAGCGUCACCAAGCUCGAUAUCGACCGACGACGAGCAGGGCGAGCGAGACGAGCAACCGAUAGAGUUGGAAGGAAUGACUUGUCCGCACCCAGAUUGCGAGGGUACUGGGCAACUUUACAAUCGACAGGACAACUUCUCACGGCAUUACACUAAGCAUAUGAAAUGUGGUGAAAAGUGCGGAAUUUGUAAAGAAGACAUUUUGUGGCAGUAUGAUCGACAACGUCAUAUUAAAGAAUGUCUGAAGCCCCGAAAACAUGUCGAUCUCGCUAUGGCUAGACAAGAGUGGAGGUCCGCUCUCCGAAAGGCCCGCGAAACUCUCUCGUCUCAUGAUAGUUUGGCUCCUCGUGGAAGGCCCAAGAGACGCAGCAAAAAGCGGCCACGACCCAAGAACGUGGCAGAAGCUUCGCCACCACCUCACAAGGCGUCAAAGCUCAACAAUGGGUCCCAAAUAUUGGCCAGUGUCAAUCAGGAAGAACAAAAUGAAGAUGGUUUAUCAAACUGUCCGGCCCGUGAUAUUUCCAGUUUGCACGUUAUCUCUGAAAGUCAAUGUUUUCCCCAGCGUCAUGAUGUCUCCUCCACCGUCCCAGUUCCAGCUCAGUUCAGCAAUGACUAUAGCGGUGAAGAUUUCUCAGGCGUGGAUCAAAGUCAAGACGUUCCCGAGCGAGCUCCAUUCAGCAACUUUUAUACGCUAGAUGGCCCUUCGGGUAUAGACCAUCAGGAAUUUCUGGAUUUAGUUUCACAGUCGUUUGGGACGAGCAGAUUCGAUUGA